AUGUUUAGGAAAAUAAAAGAAGAAAAUGAGAAGAUCCUUCAAGAAUAUGGAUUCUGCAUCUUGGAUGGCCAUCGAGAAAGAAUUGGCAACUUCAAAAUUGAACCUCCUGGUCUGUUUCGUGGACGUGGAGACCACCCAAAACAAGGAAUGCUGAAAAAAAGAAUCACUCCACAAGAUAUCAUCAUCAACUGCAGCAGGGAUUCCAGGAUUCCUGAGCCCCCAGCUGGCCAUAAAUGGAAGGAGGUUCGUCACGAUGAUACUGUAACUUGGCUAGCUUCCUGGACAGAAAAUGUUCAAGGAUCGGUGAAGUACAUCAUGCUUAAUGCCAAUUCAAAGUUAAAGGGAGAAAAAGACUGGGAAAAAUACGAGGUUGCUAGAAAACUUAAGACCUGUGUUGAUAAAAUUCGAGCCCAGUAUCAGAGUGACUGGAAAUCAAAGGAAAUGAAAGUGCGCCAAAGAGCAGUCGCUCUUUACUUUAUUGACAAGUUGGCUCUUAGAGCUGGUAAUGAGAAGGAAGAAGGGGAGACUGCUGAUACUGUGGGCUGUUGUUCUCUGCGAGUCGAACACAUUAAACUUCAUGAAGAGCUGGAUGGACAGACAUAUGUGGUAGAGUUUGAUUUUCUUGGUAAAGAUUCUAUCCGUUAUUACAACAAAGUUCCUGUAAAGAAAAAGGUAUUCAAAAAUCUUCAUCUUUUUAUGGAGCACAAACAGGACGGUGAUGAUCUGUUUGACAGGCUGAAUACCCCAAUGCUGAACAAGCAUCUACAGUCACUGAUGGAUGGACUGACUGCCAAAGUAUUUCGAACGUACAAUGCUUCGAUUACCCUUCAGCAACAGCUGAAGGAGUUAACUAAGUCCGAAGACAGUGUCCCUGCUAAAAUACUGGCUUAUAACCGAGCAAACAGGGCAGUUGCCAUAUUAUGUAACCAUCAGCGGGCACCACCAAAAACCUUUGAGCAAUCAAUGGCAAAUCUACAGUCUAAAAUUGAUGCCAAAAAGGAACAACUUUCCCUUGUAAAGAAGGAGCUGAAGCAAGCAAAAACGGAAGCAAAGGAGAAUGACACAGAGAAGAUAAAAAAAGCUGUAGAGAGCAAAAUGAAGGCAUUGCGAAGAACAGAAGAGCAACUAAUGAAGCUGGAAGUGCAGGCAACAGACAGAGAAGAAAACAAACAGAUUGCCUUGGGCACCUCCAAACUCAAUUACCUGGAUCCUCGGAUCACUGUAGCUUGGAGUAAGAAAUGGGAGGUGUCCUUGGAGAAAAUCUACAACAAAACACUGAGAGACAAAUUUGCUUGGGCAAUUGACAUGGCAGAGCUGGACUUUGAAUUUUAAUAGCACUCGUUUCUGAAGCAUCUUAACUUUUUUCUUCAUCUCUAAUAUGAAUGCAGUAGUACUAUCUCACUUUAUAAUCCAGUUAACCUCACAUCUACAGUGUAGAUAUUGAUCAAAAUGGCCUUUUCUUACCAACUUUACAUUUUUAAUGAAAGCUUAAUAUAAUAUGCAGGAUGAAUGUUUUAAGUGAUGGACACUGCCAUUGAUUUUCUUAGUCUUUUAAUAUCUGUGAUAUAGAAUUAAGAGUUCAGUGAUAUUUAUAAAUGUAUACAAUGCUUUUCUGCAUCCACCAGGUGCUUUUAUAAUAUUUACAUGUUUUAUCAUAUAAUAGAGUCAAAAGUUUCUAAUUUAUAUUUUGUACUUAUUAAAAAUCUGAUUAUACUUGGCAUGUAUGUUUUAGCUGUAUGGACAUAUCUUUUUGAAUUAUAAAAUGCAUGACAACCUA